UUGUAAGAAAUUAAACAAUCAAGAAAUAAUGCAAGAAACUACUUUUCUUAUGAAUAACCAUUUAACAGAAUAUUUAGAUAUAUUGGAGUCAUUAGAAGAUAGUGAAUAUCCUAUAUUCAGUCCCAAAUAUACUAAACUGCUGAUGAAAAAGAUGCCUAAAAGGGUUUUUAAUAAAUUUGACAAAUAUGCUAGAAAUAUGCACCUACAGACCCUCGUUAAAUUUAUGAAUCCAGAAGAUAUCAGUAACUUAUUAUUACGAUAUUGUGAAAACAGUAAUAUAAAGUACUGGUUUACUGAGCAGGUUUUGGAUAAAUUUCUUGAAGCUAUGCCAAUAGAAGAGAGAUCACAAUUUGUAAAAAGAAAUGUUAUUGAUGAAACAAAUGAGGAAAAACAAAAUUUCAUGCUACAUGCAAUCCCUAGAGAUAGUUAUCGUUGGUAUAAAUAUGUAGAAUUUGAAAUAGCUUUUAAGGAAAUUGUGAAAUUAAUUAAAUCAGAGUCAUUACCAUAUGAACGAAUGAUGAUGAUGGAAAUUUUACUCUUCUCUGCUAAAAAGAACAUGCAACACAUUGAAGAAUUACUCCAAUAUUAUCGCGAACACCACAUCAAUGAAUCCUUAUCAUUUAAAAAACAUUUUAUAAUGACUGUUGUGCACCAAAUUGAUACUUUUCGACUUAGCAAUCAAGCUUGGGAAAAUUUAAAUGUACUUUUCAAAAGUAUUGAAGAUAUGGAAUCAAAAAGACAGGAACAAAGUAUUAUCAAAGCAGUGAUUAUUCGUAAAAUUAUUAAUAACCAGAGCGUUCCUGAGAUUUUAGAGAAAAGACUUAAGUUCGAAACAAUGAAAUCCUAUAAAAACAAGUUGAACAAAAUAGAGUGUGACUUGACUUUUAACUAUUUAUAUAGCUAUGCAAUGAAGCAAGUGAACCAACAAAAUAUAUCAAAUGAAAUAGAAUUUCAGAAUGCGGUUACAUUGCUUGGAAAUGUUUUAGUACUAUUAUACGAUUGGAAAAAAGAUAUUGCCAAUUAUCCAGAAAUAAUAAAGGCAAUUAGUAAACUCACUGACCUUAAGAAAACUCAGUUUAAGGAUGUUAAUCUAUCAAGCCUUUACAAUGCAAAGAAAUCUUGGAAGAAAUGUUUAUUUUCCAUGUCCUUGGAUUUAUCACUUUCACAGGAAGUAUGCAUAAAUGCUUUAAAACAUGACUCAAAAUUAUUGCUAGAUUCAAAUUAUAUCAUGGGCUUGCUUGCUUGUGGCGAUUUCACAAAUCUACAAAAACUUCUUAACAAGAUCCGUAUUUAUUGGCCCACAUCAUUAGCAAAUGAAGCAAUUUUAUUUUGUCUUGACAACCUUAAUAAUAGAGGCGACAAAGCCUUAAUUAAACAUUUAAUGUAUCUAUUACCUGUUAAUCCUUUGAAAGAAAUUGUCGUGAGAUAUAUUCCAAAACAAGAGAAAAUUGAUUGGAAUGAAGAUGAAUUAUUAUUGAGUAAAAGAAAGAAUAUUGCUAAAUACGUUCACAUUGCUAGGCCUCAGCCUCCUAUUGAGUUCGUAUUAUGGUAUGCUAAAGGUGAUUAUUUGCAGUUUGCGGUAUCUUCACUAAUCUCAGUAUUAUACAACAUGAAAGACGCAAAGAUUAGGACAUGUAUACAACAACUUAUAGAUUCGCCUGUUUCAUUAAAAAAACACGUCAUUCGCAUAGCCAUAAAUAAACUUAAAUACGAAGAGGUCAUACAAUUAUUCCGUAACGCAUGGGAAAGUACCAAAAAUAAGUCAAUCCGAGCAGACCUCUUUAAAACAACCUUCAAAUUAUUAUGUAAGCAGAAAGACAUUUCUGCUAUUGAUGAUACAUGGGAAUUAUUAGACUUUUUCAUUGAAUCUUUAACCGAUAAAGAAAAUACUGACAUUUACAAUACUUUAACAAAGGCGGAUGAAGUACCGCUUAGCGUAAAAGCAGAUUUUUGGAAGAGAAGUGUUCUAUUCUUUAAUCAUCUACCCCCAAGUUCUAAUCAGAGAUGUUACGUUCAAAAAGUUCUUUAUUCUGCAAAACCCUUCGCAGAGAUUGUCCAUACGCCCACUUUAGCAAAAAUAUUAUUAGAAAAUCUUCGAUGUGAUAUAUUAUCAAUGGAAAUAGAUAUACAAUUUAUUCCUACUUGUAUUUUAUCCACCAAGACUAUGAAAACACAUUUACUUAGAUAUCAGGAGAUUUUUUUGCCAAUGAUGGAAAUGUGUGUUGCAUCUUGGGAUAUUAAGAAAGAUAACAGAUAUAUCUAUAGGGAGGUGUUUGAACGUACGCUGUCUUCUUUGUGCUAUAACUUCAAACAUGUUGUGCUAGAAAAGCAAAUGAUUAUUCCCGCUGUUGCAUUCAAUAGAAUUCUAAAAUAUAUGGAACAACAUUUACCCGACGAAGAGAAUUACGUAUUAUUAAGGACAUGGAAAUUUUCAUGUAAACUUAUUGAAAUUAUUGACUUACAAACAAACGCAAGGCGUGAAAUGGAGAGUAAAAAUUUAACUGAUUAUUUUGAUUCCAUAAUAUCGACAGCUGUGCCUCAAUUAGGAGAUGAAAUACAGAAAUGUUUGAGAGAAGAUAUCAAGCAAUACUAUCCUUCUAUUUACACAUGUAUUAUUAACGCUAUUUGUUCGAUGUUUUGUGAUUUUCAUAUCCCCAACUCGAUUUUACUACUCAUACUAAAGUCUAUUUUAUGUGCUGACAUAAAGGAAAGUUAUUUGUUAGUUUUGGAAUUGAUACCGAGAUUGGAAUUAUAUGAUUAUGAAUCAACAAGUGAAAUAUUGGACAUUAUAAGUUCACAUCCAUCGAGGGAAGUGAAGUUGCACUAUUAUAGUCGGGGAAGUGCAAGAUUUUAUAGAUAA